AUGAAGAAAGAAACUAAAGAGAAUAAGCCUGGAAGUCUCAUCACAGAUAAGCCUGGAAGUCUCAUCACAGAUAAACCCGGAAGUCUCAUCACAGAUAAGCCUGGAAGUCUCAUCACAGAUAAGCCUGGAAGUCUCAUCACAGAUAAGCCUGGAAGUUACGUCGGUGGGUCGUUUUACAACCAUAACGGAGCAGCUGCAAACUUUCUUUUUCUGCUGGAAACGCCAGAGUGGGGCCAUUACAAUGACAAUGCUAUUAGCGAAACUGCAUAUAUAUACGGCGGUGAAUAUCAGCUGGACGGCAGAGAAAGCGACCAUGGUUUCAUUGGUAACGUCUACCAACAAGAUCCCCCUUGUGCCGUCUGCCGCACUAUCCGGAAGUCCGUGCUAAUGGUUCCCGCAAAGCUGACGUGCUUUGACGGCUGGACCAUGGAGUACAGCGGCUAUCUCGUAGCGGGUUCCGCAAUGCACAUAGCGGCAACGGAAAACAUCUGCCUAGAUGGAAAACCAGAAAUGGUUCCCGGAAAAGGCGAGAACCACAACGGGAAGCUCAUGUACCUGACGGAAGCGCGUUGUGGUUCCCUGCAAUGCCCUCCUUACGUCAACGGCAGGGAACUGACGUGCGUCGUGUGCUCACGUUAA